GGGAAAACCUGCGGCUUCUUGCGACCUGACGCCCAAAUCCACAAACUUUUUGAAGUUUGGCUUAAUCUCUGUUUCUCACAGUCCGUCACAGACAGAAGACACAAGGCUGAGAUGUCUGCCGACCAGAAGGAGGCCAUGAAUAUAUAUUGUGUAACACUCAACGGACCUGCACCCUGGGGUUUUCGGCUUCAGGGAGGCAAGGACUUCAACACUCCUCUGACCGUGUCCAGGCUGACUCCAGGUGGGAAGGCGGCGCAGGCUGGAGUGGGUGUUGGAGAUUGGGUGGUGUCCAUCUUUGAUGCCAAUGCAGAGGAGAUGACCCAUGUGGAGGCCCAGAACAAGAUCAGAGCCGCCACCGACUCUCUCAAGCUCACUCUGAGCAGAGAUUUUCAUGACUCACUCACAUCUUCAUCCAGUCAGCCUAAAUACUCGUUCGCUCCGAGCACCGCUAUAAACAAGAUGGCGCGGCCAUUCUCUGCUUCCCCUGGCAGUGGCAGUGCGGGUCCUGUCAUCAAGCCGGUGUCGUACGCUCUCAAACCUGCCCUCAGCUCACCGCACAACGGUCAUGGAGUUGCUCCCUGUCCUGUUACUGUCAAAUCCAAACCAGCGGACAAACAUGAUGCAGUUCAAGCUCCAGCUAAAGCACCGGUGAGUUCUGGUCCGGCGUGUCGGCCCCCGUGGGUGACGGACCCCGGGUUUGCAGAUCGAUAUCAUCCAGAUAAGAGCAGCACAGUGGUGACGCAGCACACGCAGCCGCUGCAGCCCACUCCCAUGCAGAACCGCAGCUCCAUCCUGCAGGCGGCGCAGCAGAGCCCGGCCCACAGCAGCGCCGCAACACCACUGUGUGCAGCCUGCAGCAAGAUCAUCAGGGGACGGUACGUGGUGGCGCUGGGCCGCUCCUGGCACCCGGAGGAGUUCAUGUGCUGCCAGUGUAAAAGACUGCUGGACGAGGGCGGAUUCUUUGAGGAGAAAGGCUCCAUUUACUGCUCCAAGUGUUACGACAACCGAUAUUCACCCAACUGUGCCAAAUGCAAGAAGAUCAUCACCGGGGAGAUCAUGCAUGCCCUGAAGAUGACCUAUCAUGUGCAGUGUUUCCUCUGCGCCGCCUGCAAGCUGCCCAUCAGGAAUCAGGCCUUCUACAUGGAGGAGGGAGAGCCGUACUGCGAGCGCGACUAUGAAAAGAUGUUUGGUACCAAGUGCCACGGCUGUGACUUUAAGAUUGAUGCGGGCGACCGUUUCCUGGAGGCGCUGGGCUACAGCUGGCACGACACUUGCUUCGUCUGUGCUAUCUGUCAGAUUAAUCUGGAGGGAAAGACGUUUUACUCGAAGAAGGACAAGCCACUGUGUAAAAGCCAUGCGUUCUCCCCGCUGUGAAAACUCCAGCGGCUGGCAGACUGAUGGAGGGAUGGAUGGAGGGAUAUUUCUGCAGCGUUUACUCAGUAUGUGUCACUCAGAACUGCUCCCAGAUCAGUGUUAGCUGUUAGCAUGCCAGUCAUUCAGCUGGAGGAACAGCUUAUGAACUCUUAUAAGCAGCAGAUGACACAAUGGUGAAGCAGGAGUGAGUGUUUUAGCUGCGCCUGCACUUAGACAACAUUUGUGCUUAUUUCUGGUUUAUUUUAAGAUUCGUCAUGAGUGAAUCUCACAAAAACAAAAAGCUCACUUUAUAUUGGAUAAGGAAAAUUCCUUUGGCAUAUUUUGGGACUUGCUUUCCAUGGUGGUUGAGCCCGUCUUUGUUUUUUAGUGUCUUUUGUAAUUCAUAAAUUGAUCAAAUUGUAAUUUUAUGUCAUGAUGGUGUUGGCUUGCAUUGCAAAAUAAAAUAAUAUUAAAUAAAAAAAAUACUAAUUAAAUAAAUAAACAAUUAAAUAAAAUAGAUUGAAUAGAUUAAAUAAAUGAGUAAAUAUUGUUUUCAUCAUAAUAAACUAAAUAUUGCAACACAGAGUUUAUUGUGUUAAUAAUAAAAAUUAUGCAUAAAAAAAGGGAAAAAUUGUGAAAAUGUUAGUUUUCCAGACCAGGAAUGAAGAAACGCUGUAAUAUAUGUAUUUUAUAUUGUUUGUCGUUAAUAAAAAUAGUCAUAUUAACCUUAACACUUUACAAUAAGGUUAAUUCAUUAAUGCUACUUAAUAUAUUUAUUAACAUGAACUAACAAUAAACAAUACAUUUAUUACAGUGUUUAAUCAUCUUUGUUAACAUUAAUGAAAAUAAAGUCGCUUUUUGUUCGUUGUUAACUCUCAUUACAUUAAGUACAACGAUGCAUUACUAAAUGUUGAGGUGUAGUUAAUGAAUAUUGUUGAUUAUUACAUUAUAUGCAUAAUUGUUGUGAAGUAUGACUUUUAUUUUUAACAGAAUGAACGCCUGUUUGCAUCAAAAAUAAUGUUUUAAGUCAUUUAAGCAGUAACACAAAUUUAAUUAUAUAAUUAUAUAAUUUGUAGAAUAAUACUACACAGAUGAUUCUACGUUUAUCUUUUGAUUUGGUAUGAAAUGGGCUUGUUUUAGUCUUUUGUGAGAUUCACUCGUCUCAGAUCUACAGUCCAGUCUGGAAUUAUUCAUUCCCGGGCACACUCUGACUUUAUAAUCAAGUUUAUUUAGUUUUUAAUUAAAUAUAAAUAAAAGCUGAGAAAUAUGUUUGGUAACACUUUAGAAUACCGAUCCAUUAGUUCAUGUAUUUACUGACAAUAACAAACAGUUACUAACAUUUAUUAGGGAUUAAUUCAUCUUUGUUAAUGUUGUUAAGAGUGUUCAUGUGAGUUAAUGCAAUAACUAAUGGACCGUUAUUAUAAAGUGUUUUUCCACAGUGAUGCCUCUUGUGCAUCAUAUUCUUAUCUUUUGGAAGACGCCUGUGUCAUUUCCGGUUAAAAAGCAACACUGGUUCUGGUUGAAUGAAAGUAACUUUAAUUCA